UGCCGCUGGAAAUUACGUUUCAGGAGUGAAGAUCAAGAUACAAAGUGCUGCUAUUGAACGAACAAAUCAGGGUGGGUUUUCAUUUUAAUAUAUCGUACAUGUAGUGCAAGCACGAUGCUAUCACACUUGCUGGGUUUGGUAUGCAUCUACAACUUAUUUGUUAGUAUAACUGGUCGACAAGUGGACAUAUUCAGCCAGGAUGAAAAGCAGAAGUGUGAAGAUGCCAGGAAGGCGUUUCUUACAUCAUCCGACAGGGCUAUGAGAAACUGGAAAAUAGCGGAUGUUAGAAAGCUGGUUUUUGAAGGCGACAUGAUCGUGACGGCAGACCAAAAGAGUAGAUGGACUCAAACUGGAUACUUGACUGAAAACACACAGCCUCUUAUUCAAGAGAAAUGGGCAAGUAACACCGUUACUUACACGUUUGGAACUCCUGCACCAAAUAAGGCCUUAAUCACAGGCGCCAUGAAAGAAUGGUCAUCAAAAACGUGCAUUAAAUUCGUUGAGGGCUCCGGCAAUGCAAUCAAGAUAACUAAAGGUAAAGGAUGCUAUGCAUCCUUAGGAUACCAAUCUUCGGGCAUGCAGAUGUCGGUAUCUGACCUAUGUGACAAGGGCACUGUGGUCCACUUGCUGGGCCAUGUGAUUGGAAUAGUCCAUCAACAUUCUAGACCAGACAGAGAUCAGUUCUUGUUUAUCCAGUUUCACAAUACGGCCUUGGAGGAUGUUUUAUUCUUAAAUUACAAGGACUAUGACAAGUGUCCAUACGACUAUGGCUCUGUGAUGCACUACGACAUGUUUGGUCUGAGCUACAAUGGCGAAAGCGUCUUUCUGGGAAAGGCCAAGGGAUCAGAUGGCAUGAUGCUAUCAUCUGCAAUUGGACAGGACUGGAGCUCGCCUUCCGAAAGCGAUGCUGCCCUUGUAAACCGUGAAUACGGAUGUUCAGCUAAAUCCUGCAGUACAAAGAAGAUCAAGCCACCCAAGUGCAAUCAGGAGGGGCUGGCGUCACAGCGCCAGUUUGAGCGUACAGUCACUUUCCAAAGCAUGAUGACUGAAACCGCCAAGGCAAUCUCGUGCAUUUGGAAGACUGAGGUACCAGAAAGUCUGACCUGCUCCCGGGCCGCAAUAGCAGUGACGCUGUCUUCAAACCCCAGCAACGAUCUGAAGCGAGUCUGGUUCGCCAGCGGAUGCCGACUCUUCCAGGUGGAGAUAUACGACCCUAGCGCGGACAUGAGCUACUUCUAUUGCGGAGCUCAGUUUGCUAGGAAGCCGACCAAAGUGUUCGUAUCGACGGCCCGUAAAGUGUACGGCAUCGCGAAGCUGUAUCCUGCUGACUGGGAGGGCUUCAAAGCUGCUGCGAUCGGCACUGGUUCAGUUAAAUUCUUCAACAUCAAGGACUUUGUAUGCGCAGGAGAGAUCAAUGGAAAAUGCUAUUAGUCAGACGGAUUAAUACUACAUGAUACCUGAUAUGAAUUUGGACAAAAUAUUUAAAUUAAUUUUGUCGGACGGUUGACAGCCUAAGUCACAAAAUAUGCUGAUGAGGUUAAAGUAACGUAGCCAUUUGUCAUAGUCAUAUCUAAAUGUUGUUGGUGAAAAUAAAGCAUAUCAUUCA